GACCACGUCUGAUAAAAAUUGGGGAUCGGCUCUCUCUCAUGGAGGCUCCGUGUGACCGAGUCCCUGAUCUCGUACAGCUCCCCCUGUCUGAACUCCACUCAUUCUUCUUCAUUGAAGCUUUCAGUAUAACUCUCGGAACCUCUCAAACCCUAGUAAGAAUGGUGGCUCGGAAAAGACACUUCCUUCCUAUUCUUUUUCUCUCCCUCUCCGCCAUCUUCUUCCUCUUCUUAUGCCCCGCCUACUUCUCCUCCCCUAACUCUGACACUAAUUUCAUCCAUUCCCUUCAAAAAUCUAAUAUUAUUGCUAAUCCCCUUUUUCCUAAUUCCCCAAAUUUCACUUUCAUUAUCAAAGUCCUCGCCUUCAACCGCCUGGACUCGCUCUCCCGGUGCCUCCGGUCACUCGCCGCCGCAGACUACCUCUCCGACCGCGUCCAUCUCCAUAUUUACAUUGAUCAUUUCGCCCCCGGAAACAACGACUCCCUUCAAUUGGACAGCAAAUUGGACGGUUCGCAUCGGAUUCUGGGGUUUGUGGAUGCGUUCGAAUGGAGGUUCGGGGAAAAGCUUGUGCAUUAUCGGACUGAGAACGUGGGUUUGCAGGCGCAGUGGUUGGAGACGUGGUGGCCGAGCUCCGACGAUGAGUUCGCUUUCGUGGUCGAAGACGAUUUGGAGGUCUCGCCGCUCUACUACAAGUUUCUUAGGAGUUUGAUAUUGAAUUUCUAUUAUAAUGCUUCAAAUUUUAGUCCGUCCGUCUACGGGGCUUCGCUGCAGAGACCAAGGUUCGUCCCAGGUAAACAUGGAAACAAAAUACAACUGGAUAGUGGAACACGACUUUUUUUCUACCAGAUAGUUGGCACUUGGGGUCAACUGCUCUUUCCAAAACCUUGGAAAGAAUUCAGGUUGUGGUAUGACAAACACAAGGCCAAGGGAAUUAAGCCAUUACUCGAUGGGAUGGUGACAACUGGAUGGUACAAGAAGAUGGGAGAGAGAAUAUGGACUCCUUGGUUCAUUAAAUUUAUUCAUUCUCGUGGUUAUUUUAAUAUCUACACCAAUUUUUUACGUGAGAGAGCGCUUAGUGUCUCUCACAGGGAUGCUGGUGUUAACUAUGGGAAAACAGCUGGGCCUGAUUCUCAAUUGUUGGAUGAAACCUCCCUUGAUUUCAGUCUGUUUGAAAUGCCACCUUUGAGUAAUAUGAAAUGGUAUGAUUUCUGUUUCAGAGAAGUACAUCCUGGAAGAGCUAUAGGGAGCGGUGAUGAACUUGGCUCGAUUCUUUAUGCUGUGCAGAAACAGGAGACCAUUAUUUUUGUAAGCCUCUUUGGAGUAUCAGCGUCGGUCACCAGGAACAUGCUAUGUCACUUUGAGAGGCUAAAUAUUUGGAACUACAUACUAAUGGGCCCUGAAUCUGACUUGCUGCUUGAUCUCUCAAGAAGGGGGCAUCCAGUGAUUAAUGCAGACAAGUUUUUUAAUAACAUUAGGGCGUACAAAUCGAGUCCUUCUCGACACUCCAAUGCAGAGCUGAUCAUGGAGAUUUUAGUGAAGGCAUAUGUAAUCAAGAGUUGUUUGGGGUUUAGGUAUAAUUCUUGGAUGGUGGAUGCGAACAUGCUUUUCGUUCGUAGUGACCUAUUUCUCGAGACCAUUGAUCCCACCUAUGAUUUCUAUGUUGGGAAGAGCUUUAAACUUUUUUAUGUUAGUGGCUCAUCUUCUGCCGAGAAAUUCUGGGUUGAUGAUUUAUUGCCCAAGAUCACAGCAAUGGUGGACGACUCGAGGAAAGUGGCGAUGCCUGGAGAUGGAAUUCAUUUUGUGUAUAUAACAGCAAAGUUAAUGGAACAGAAGGGUGUGAGGAUUAAGAGGGUUGAUGAGUCAAGCUUCAGCGUUAAGAUUGGUGCGGAUGGUGUUAAUCAAUCUUCUAUUGGGGAUGGGAAGAAGAUGGUUUUUUGGUCGACUGAGAUAGGUCCAAAUUUAAUUCAGAUGCAGCUUCAAGAGUUGGGGAUGUGGAUUCUGGACAGUGACUCAUCGUGCAUGGCUGUUGUUUGUCACAGGUCUUGACGCACCUGCAUGUAAUCCGGACGGGACUCGGGAAAGCACAGUCACUUUACACCACCAAGCAGUCUUCUCCCAUAUGUGAAGCAUACUCUACGUCAACAACACUUUUAUGGGACAGCUUGGUGCAUGGUACUUUCUUGCCUUCCAUGUAGGGUCUGAAUUGUGGCAUUCGAAGUGCAAAAUAAUGGUGGGAACAAAGUCUUUGAUCAGUCAAAUUACAUGGAUUUAGCAGGUAACAUUGAGAAUGAACAAAAUUAUAAUAUUGAAGAACUUGAAUCAAAAGAUGAUGAGGAUACUGAUGAAGAAGAGAACCUUCCUCCUGGUUCCUACAAUGUCAUACAAUUAGGAAAUGAAGAAAUCUUUGCACCACACUCCAAUUUUUAUACGAUCUUACAGUUACCUAGUUAGUUUCAGUUCGAAAGGUCCAAGUGGUAGUACAUUUGUGGUUCUUUCUGGGAUGGAUUAUCUAUUUGAAUACCUUCACCAGCUUGUGUCCGAGAGUAAAGCUUCUGGUUUUUCUCAUGCUA